AUGAACACCAAUGUCAACGCCAUCGCCGGUCCCUCCCGACCCUUACCGCGUAAAUCAGCGCGGCCGUUCGUUUCAGCUGAUAAUCGACCUUCUGAACCUGAUGGGAUCUUUCGAGUGGUGCUGAUCACCAGUGGGAGUGUAGCUAGUAUCAAAGCUCCUGAUAUCGCUGCUGCUCUAUCUCAAUCUGGUGAUAUAGCAUUACAAAUUGUCGCUACGAAAUCAUCGACUCAUUUCUGUAAUCAGCAGACCGUAGAUGCAGCUAUACGAAAAUCACUUGGUGUCAGUGAGGAUGAGAACGUUCCUGACGAUCUCGGUGUGAGAGUAUGGACAGAUGAGGAUGAAUGGUCUGACUGGAAGAAAGUGGGAGAGCCAAUCUUACACAUCGAGUUACGUCGUUGGGCAGACUUGGUAGUCAUCGCUCCAUGUUCAGCCAACACUCUAGCCAAGAUAGCAGGAGGACUAUGCGAUAAUCUAGCUACAUCGCUUCUUCGCGCACUAUCACCUUCCACACCCGUCAUCGUAUGCCCAGCAAUGAAUACUCACAUGUAUCAGCACAAUUUCACUGCGAAGCAUUUACGUAUAUUACAAGAGCAGUUGGAGUAUUUGAUAUUGGGUCCACAGGGAAGUGGCAUUUUAGCUUGUGGUGAUGAUGGUCCAGGUAAAAUGACAGAUUGGAGAGAAAUCGUAUUCACAAUUGAAAAUUUCGCAUCAAUGCAUAAACAGAAGAUCGACCAAAGCAAAAUGUCUGCUAUACCACCGCAACAUCAUCAACCACGACAGCCGCAGACCGCAGAUAUACGUGAUGGCGAUGGGAACGCGAAUGUGAAUGGUCAAGAACUUGACCGAUCGGAUAGACCAAAAACUCCACCUACACCCGGUUUACCCACCAGUACCAUACUUCCUGCCCAAUUGCAAAAUAUGACUAUCGGUGAGACGAACAGAGGCACACCGGUAUCGGCUGUUCCCCCGGUCGAACCGCAAGGUAACGCAAAUGAAACUUCUAUAGCGCAUUGGAAAAAGAUGCAGAAUGAAACUUAUUGGCAGGUCAGAUGGUGGGCAGGUUAG